AUGCCUACCAUACUCGUUGUAGGAGCUACUCGCGGCCUUGGUGCGAGCAUCGUAAAAACCUAUGCAGCAGACGCAAACAACCAUGUUCUGGCAACCGCAAGGACGUCAGAACCUCCAGAGAGUACAAACAAUAUCACUUACAUUCCAAAUGUCGACCUCGAAUCUCCACAUGCCGGCAGCGAUCUCGUUCACUUUCUUGAAUCACACAACAUAUCACACCUGGACAUUGUCAUCAUAACAGCAGGCUAUUUUGCAACUGAGUCGCUUAAGGAGCCAUCCUUUUCCGCUCAACAGCGCAUGUAUACAAUAUGCGCCAUCGGUCCCACCGUCCUCGUCACCGCACUCGCCAACUACAACAGCACACUUCUCAAUGAUCGGUCCAAGAUAGUCUUCGUCUCCUCAGAGAGCGGCAGUAUUACGCUCAGACACGAGUCGGAGGGUGGCGGUAAUUACGGCCACCAUGCCAGCAAAGCUGCGCUCAACAUGUGCGCGAAACUGUUAAGCUUAGACUUGAGGGACCGUGGCAUUGCAAUAGUCACCGUGCAUCCAGGCUUCAUGAGGACGGAAAUGACCCGUAACGUGGGCUUUGACAAGUUCUGGGACGAAGGGGGUGCAGUCACACCGGAAGUCGCUGCGCAGUCGCUUGUCGAAUGGAUUGAAUCGUUCGAUAUUAGUCAUACUGGACAGUAUUGGGCUCCAAGAGGACCUGGUGAUAUUGGUACUGCCGAGCCCGUGCUGGGACCUAAGAACAAGCUGUCUACUCCUCUUCAGCUGCCAUGGUGA